AUGCCCCUCCUCCACGCGGGCUCCGCUCUGCUGGUACUGCUUCUGAUACUCCCACAAGUGCAUGCCUUUGGAGCUGGAAAUAUCGCAUCUAUUUCUGCAGUUGAAGGGAAGAACUGGCGACAUGGUGAUAUUGAAGAUGUUCUCAAAACCCUGGCUUUUAUUCAUGGUCACAAAUGGACCUCCACUAUGAUCAAGCGCGUAUAUUUCGGCAACUGGUUGCGCGAUUACUCACAGGCAAUGGAUGUUGGAACUCUCAAAAGUUUGCAGGCCGAGACUAUCCGCAUCCUAGUGUGGGUCCUUUCGUUCCUUAGCUUCGGCUAUGCUACCGGUGAAUUCGAGGUCACUUCCGAGCGUUUGGGAGUUUACCGCCCCGAAGAACAUAUUGAUAACCCCAAGGAUUAUGCCGACAAUGAAGAUGCGCGUCAAUAUGACAAGCGUUUGCGGCCGCCUGUUCGCAGCAUCGAGCUUGAGAUUGACCCAAACACCGGUAUGAAGAACUAUAUCGCCAACGAGCGGGGUGACUGGGCUACCAGUGCUGCCUAUAUCAAGUUCAGUUUGAGUCGUAGUAUCCACUAUGGACGAACAUACACUCACGGCGGCUCAGGUAAAGGAAAAGAAGAGGAUUUGUGCGAAGCCCUGCGUUGCUUGGGCCAGGGCUUGCAUACCCUGGAGGAUUUUGCCGCCCAUACCAACUAUGUUGAGCUAGCAUUGCGCGAAAUGGGCAUGCAUAAUGUAUUCCCGCACACCGGUACGAACACUCAAAUCAAUCUGCAUGGACGCCCUGUCUUCCCCCUUGUGACGGGAACUUUUGGUAUGGUCGAUUUCUUCCACUCGGUGCUGGGAGAGGCCACAGAUCACUUUACUCAGUCCGAGGUCAAUGAGAUGGAUCUUGCACUCGGCGAUGCCGAGACCAGCGCUCAGUCAAACAACUCCUUGAGUGCCUUGACUGGGCUUCUGGGCAAGAUCCCGGGUACUAAAGACCUCGUCAGCGAGGCCGAAGGCCUAAAGAGGUCAUCGGAAGCGCAGGAGAUGGCGAACCGAAACCACGGUGCUGCGAGAGGCUACGCGGAUUCUGCUUCCAAUAGCCACGAAAGCAGCCGUGCUGGGCCUGGUUAUUCUUCGGGUAGCACUUCGACGCCUAGCUCUGGAUUUGAUGGCAUGCCUGACUUCAACCCCAAAGAGACAGUGGCUAAGAUCUACCCCAUUUUGGCUUUCCGGGACAAGGUCGUGCGCAAGUUGGACUCCAUCAUCGAAAAGAUCCCAGGCCUAGAGGCCCUCGUUGAAAAGAUCUCCGAGACUCUGACUGUUGUUAUCAUGUCUCUUCUUGCACCGUUCGUGCGCCCUCUUAUCAAGGCUGCCUCCAAGUCCCUGCAAACUGGAUCAGCUGGUGUGAUCGAUGCCUCUGGGAAACAUCAGUAUGAACCCUGGACUGACCCCCACUGUACCGAUCCCACCCACUCGCUGCUUUCAAAAGAUCACUUCGCAAACGUCUUGAAUGAGCCAGCUGGACAAGUCGCCUCUGUAAUCGUGGAGUAUGUCGCUCCUCGUAUCCUGUAUGCCUGGCAACACCUCGAUGCCUCUGAGAACGAUGUUCUCGAAGACUGCCUGCAAGUUUUCCACCACCCAGCAGUGCGCAACAUGCGCAACGACGCCCACCGUAAGAUGUUCGAAGCCGUCGAGAAAUGGGCCCAUGGCCGCCCGGACCGUGGCGUGUCUUUGGACAGCAUCCUCAGCUCCGAGGGAGUGAGAACCGGUCGCAAUACCGGUGGUGUGAGCCACACUCACAGCGGCGGCCAUGGUGGAUUCGCGACAUUGGGCGGUGCCUCUCAUGGCCAAAAGCCAACACAAGGCCACGGCAGCAACCAGGGCCAUUCAUCAAGCGGUUUCUCCUCGUUCUUUUCCGGACAAAGCAGCAACAAUAACCAACAAUCCCAACACAGCAACUCUUCCGGCAUGCCCUGGGACAAACUCUCCAGUCUCCCCAUCCCAGGCAUCUCAAACCUGAAUAAACUCAACAAACUCUCAAACAUGAUUCCAGGUGGGCUAAGCCGCGACGUGGACUACGACGGAACCACACAACAGAACCAUGCCGGGGAAUAUAGGCACGAUCCUUCUCACUCGGGCCCACAAGCGUAUGGCGGCGAUCCCAACUUCCAGCAAGGCUUCCAGGGACACAGUUUCCAAGAGGGUCAGGGUAACUUCCAGCAGAACCCUCAGCAGGGACACUACUCUGGUCACCAAGAGCCGCACGGCGGUUACGGCGGUCAGCAUUACGGUCACGACCAUUCUCAUGGACAUGGCGGUUGGAAUGGGCAAGGUGGAUCCGGAUAUUGA